AGUCUAUCGUCUUGUUCGUAUGUAGAAGUACAUCAACAUAUGAGAGCAGGAGGUCAGUGCUGAGUAUCGUGCCCUCUGAAUGGUAACUCGGAAGGAAAGAGACUCCGAGUGACGGUGUGCAGAAACCAUGAGCAGCGAGUCUCGUGACUACAGCAUACGCUUUGAUGCCGUGUGCGCGACUCGUGACUGCCAUCUUCAACAGUCAUCAUCAAUGCAUAAAUCCGAUCGAAGAUCGAUGUUACUUAUGGUGUGGUUGUAGUUGCAUUUGAUUUUGAUAGGACACGUGUGCCCGCAUUUUUACAAUAUUAAAUCCAAGAUGUUACUGCGCAGAUCACCAAGAAGUACGACGCUGGUGUCCGCGUAGCUCCACAACACAACAACAGAGCUCCGCUGGCUGAGGAAAGCGCUCAUCUGUUCGUGCAACUCUCCUGGUACGACAGACUGACGAGAACGUGCAACUCUCGGUCCCCACAGAACAAGUUUUUUCUUGAACCUGAAGCCCGAGUUUCCACCUUUUUCUGGUCCCACGUGUACCCCCAACUACCAGUACCACGAUGCCGGGCGCCGCGGGAGCUGGUCUGUUGGCGGAUUCGCUGGACAGCUACUUCAACGGGAACAGGAACAAGCAUCCAGAUCUGUACACGACGCUGCACGACAAGAAUGGCGGCACGUCGUUCUUUCACGAAGGUGCGGUGGGCGUCGCGGUGAAGAAUCCAAAUACCUCGAUCGGUCGCGCUGACAAGAUUUUCGCGUCUGAAACUUCGCCUCUGGCCGCGGUGAACACACGAUUGCCGAACCGCCAAAUGAGCAGUGUUGAGGCGGCUGCGGCAUUCCUUGGAGGAGGAAGAAUAAGCGCGGGGGGAAGUUGUAGCAGCAAUAACUCCGGGCGAACAGUAGAAACAUCCUUACCACGAACAAGCUUCGCAGCAGUUCCUACAGGACGCCCCCCCCCCCCCCAUCCCUCAAUUGCGAUCACGAGUGGCCCACCACGGGGAGGGGAGCAACCUCGCCUGCGGGACAGCGGUCACUGGGGCAGCGCUGACAGUAAUGGGUUGUUGCCUGAUCCAAGUAGAAAUGCUGCACGAGUGCGGACGGUCACCAGUUACGCUGCAGGAGAGUCAGGGUCAUCCCUGUCUUCCACCGGAAAAUUGCAACAGCCGUUAGAUCAGCAUCAUGACAUGGCUUCGCGCAAACCCACUGUGACGAAACCGCCGACAUCGACGACAUUUGCCAGUCCGGACACAUCGUCUCCCAAAUUGAAGUCUAAAGAGGUGAUGCAGGGCUUCCUCCGUGAUGUGUGCACCGCGUACUGGAACGUUGUUGAAACAAAGUCCAAGAAUAAAAGUGUAAAGGUGGAGAAUGAUGACAAAGGACAAUCCGACUUCGGGCAGGACGGUUACGGGAGAAACAAAACCGGGAGGGAGAUGCUGUUGCGGUGGUUCAACCACCCCGUCGCCCCAUAUUCGGUCACCGGACUACACCCACCACACGGGAACAGGUUGCAAGACUCUCAACCGAGGGCGAAGGGCGUACAACUAAGCCCGAACUCCCAAGCGCUGGAGAACGCGCACCCAGGAUUAACCAGCCGGCUUGCUCGGCUCGAGGAACGACUUGAGAACACACUGACGAACAACACCCAAGGCACGAUGAACGUGGGCGACCAGAACGAUCUGAGGCAACAGAUGAAGUGUUGUCGACUAGGAAGCAUUGACGGCAAGCGGCUCUACAUGUGGAUUCCUCCGUGGCAAAACUUACCGGAGAACUGGGGGAUGUUUGGCGGCCAGAGCUUGACCAGUUGCGUCCAGGGCAUGCUGAAAAAAUUUUACGACGUUGACUGUACUACCCCGAUGUUUCGAAGAUUGGUUUUUAUUGAAGUUGAUAUAGCAUAUUUUUCGUUUCGCCUGUGAGUGUAUAUAAGCACCUUUCUCGUCGCCACAAGAUCCUAGGUCUUGUUGCUCCUACAACUGCUCCAUACAACAUAAAAACGACACCACACCAUGCACAUUCCAACACACGAUCAAAACGACUACUUAGGCUCAAGCGACGAAUCCAGCAAUAACCCGUGCUGCGUAAAUGGGAAGCUUGUUUCAUCAAGCAACUGUGGCUUAGAAGAUUUGGCAACCUUGGCGAAAGUAGGAACUGAUCAGCCUGCGGCAGGUUCUGAGGUACUGAUAAAAGUUCUUCCUAAAAAUGCAUCGUGAUAUACAAGUGAAAAAAAGUUCGUUGCCUUAUUUGUUACUGAAGAGAAGUUAAGAAAGUGGAUUUUGUCACGCAAAAGUGUCGCGCAUCACUUCACUAUAUAAAUUCUGGUUGUGCAGGGCGUAGACUAUAAUGAUGUGAGUGGGGCUGUCGUCAUGGGUCAGCCGGUACAAGGAGAAGGUCCAGCAGCAGCAGCAGCUGAUCAACGUACUAUCAUGCUUCUUUCGCUUCAGCAGGCUGCUAUGAACUGAACAGCUUAUGCAUCAUGCUCAUGGGUCAAUGCCGAUAUUUUGGUUUCGAUGUCGGACGUAGAUGCACAUAAUUUGAUUUGAACAUACUUACGUGACUGAUCGAUGUUUUUUGUGAUACUCUCCAAGGACGAAAACGCAUGCGCAAAGUAAAUUUUGAAAAAUACAUCACUCAGCGAUUGCCAAGAACCCGAAUCCAGUAACGGUUGUCACCGGUGAGCCCGUCCGCCUCGGCAACCCCGCGUCGCUUGAGCACACGCAAACCAAAACCGUUGGCGGUACCCCGGUUGUCGUUGCGAAACCUGCAAUUGACGCAGCAGUUGCAGCAGUACCAAAAAACGAUGAGUCAGAUGCUGGAGGAAAGACUGCACCUCAAACAUCGCCGUAAUAAACCUCGACGAAGCGAUCGCGAUGAUGAGUAGUUCUCGUCGAAGUAACACCUAGUACUGCGUGCCAAUGGUGCGGACCACGUUGCCUGAUUUCGACCUCUCUUCUCCAGUUUCCAAUUUCUCGAUGGCAUCUUUCGUCGGGCCGGAGAAUACGGUCAAAAGCCGUGGUUGGAUGAGGAGUUGGUGCGCUGAUGUUGUAUAGUCUCGCCACUGAAAUUAUCUGGCACGAAUGUAUGAUAAUGAUAUGAAGUAAUGAUCUUUCUUUCUAUAGCCACAACGUACACUAGAUGAAGAUGAGCAACUGCUUCUCGUCGUCAAGGACCAUCCAUCGGUCUUGGAAAGGCAAUCGCUCUCCGAAAUUGGACAAUCAAUGUCGAUUGUUGAUGCGCAAAAAAGUAGAAAAUGAAAAGACAAGGGCACGAAAUUAACGGACUCCGUUGGGUUUCCGAAGAGGAAGGAAC